AUGUUCAACAGAUCUCUCGCCCUGGGGGCUGCCCUCAUUGCAGCACUGUCCAUAUUCCUUUCUCGGCCGAAACUAGACUUGCACCCGCCCUUCGUCCAAGGCAGAAACGGCACGGCGUUGUUCUUGGUCAACGAGCAACAUGGCCUUUCCAACGUACACGUCGCGACAGCUUCUGCUCUGCUGGAGAACUAUCCCGAUGUAGAGGUCCAUUUUGCCUCCUUCCCGAGGCUCAAGGCGAAGCUAGAGAGAAUCACACAAUUCGCCCAAAAGACAAAUCCUGAAGCUCACAUAGUCUUCCACCAACUCCAAGGUCCAUCAAUGUUUGACGCUCAUCGCAACGCAGGCAGGACUGUAAUGGGCUUUCUACAUCCUCCAGGUAUAUCUGGUAUCUCCCAUUUCUGCAAGGAGUUACAGUUCUUGAUAUGCCCAUGGUCUGCGGAGGAACACUUUUCUAUCUACAACGAACUGAAGACUGUUAUCGACGAGGUCGAUCCUGCUGUAGUGGUUCUUGACACCGUAUUCAUCCCGGCGGUUGAGGCAACGCGCGAAAAGAGCCGCCAAUAUGCUGUCAUCACGCCGAAUCAGGUCAUUGACAAUUUCAUUACUAUGCAGCCAUACAGGAGUAUAUUUUGGAAAUAUCCAGCUAUGGCUUCAGGUUUCCCGUAUCCCGUUCCAUGGCGAAAGAUCCCAGAGAAUCUCUACCUCAAUCUGCGGGUUAUUUACAGUGUCAUUAGGAUGCCCGAACUGACCACCAGACGAAAGUGGCUCCGUGCCAAAGGAAUCGCGGAUCCCCUCAACUUUUUGGGUGCUUAUCGCCAUGAUGUGCCAUGGGUUACAGUCACUACUGAGGGGGCAUCCAUUCCCGCCGACUACAUUCCGCCAAACGUCACUGCCACCAACCCGAUUAUUCUGUCUGUGGCUCCCGCUUCUGAACAGGACCCUGAGUUGGUUGAAUGGCUGAAAAAAGCACCAACUGUUCUGAUCAAUCUGGGCAGCACCGUCAUGUACACCGAGGCUCAAGCAUCAGUCAUGAUACAAGCAAUUGUUAAAGUCCUCGACCAGCUUAAUGUGCAGUUCUUGUGGAAAUUCAACAAAUAUGGCAACUACUCCAACAACAUUUUCCUACCGGUUCAGCGAUCUAUCGAAAAUGGCCAGCUCAAGUUGGAGAGAUGGCUCACUGUGGAUCCAACCUCAAUCCUCGAAACAGGGUUCGUUAUUGCAUCUGUUCAUCACGGGGGAGCCAACUGUUACAACGAGGCAGUCUAUGCCGGUGUUCCUCAGAUUGUAAUGCCAUUGUGGGCAGAUCUGUACAACUAUGCUGUCCUCGUCGAAUCGAUCGGAAUCGGACUAUGGGCGUGUCCGAACACUAGUCCAGACUGGACUAUUGACGAGCUUGCUCUAGCCAUCCUCAAGGUUGUUGAUGGAGGGAAAUCAAGUCUCUUGAUGCGAAACAAAGCGAGAGAUUUGGGAGACAGGGUCCAAGGCAGUGAAAAAGGACGUGAUAUUGCUGCAAGGAAAGUAGCAGAGCUAGCUCAUACUGGAAAGUAG